GAUGAUUUUAGCCUUACAAUUUAAUUGAUUUAGAUUAAAUUUUUUUGAAAAAAAAAACGAACCCAUCUCUCUUUCGACCCGAGAGAAACUCGACCUGUAAGUUCCUCUCAUUCCAUCCGCCGGCGAUUCUUCCGACGUCGGAGCUCCUACUGCUGUCGUUAUUAACCAACUCGAGUUGAAUCAAGUUGUUCGUCGGAGCUCUCUUUCAACCCGAGAAACCCGACCUGGUUACUCACCUCUCAACCCAGCCGCCGGCGAUUCUUCCGUCGUCGGAGCUCCUACUGCUGUCGUUCUUCACCAACUCGACUUGAAUCAAGUUGUUCUUCAAAAUGCAGGAUACAAUAUGCGAGAACGUCAGCCUACAUUUUAAAUUUGAAGGACGCAUGUAUAGUAUAAUGUUCAAGAGGAAUAUAACAUUGUUGAUGUUAAAAGCAAGGAUACAAAGGAAGAUUGGGUUUGUUGAAAGUAACGUUCAGUUGCAGCUGAGCUACAAGCCACUACUGGUAGAAACAGUUGAGCAUUGUGAGCUUAAUGAUGAUGAGGAUGUUAAUGUUUAUCUAGACUCUGUUAAUUAUGAGAAGCGAAGAUGUAUGUUGUUUGUGAAUGUCAUCCCUUCUGAGCCUCAGCCUGAGCAAGUUCCCAUAGUGCCCACAGUGCCCACAAUGCCCAUAGUGGACCAAAGUUCUGUCGGUAUGAACUUUGAAAACCAACAUGCGAAGGAUGGUGAAAUCGGACCUAACGCCAUUGUUGUCUACGUAGGCAAAGAAAAGGCUGUAGAGGGUGAUUCUAAUAAAGAGGGUGAAGCUGAAUCACGUGAUGAAGGUGAUGAAUAUACUGAGCCACGCCCUGUUGUAGAACCGGGUAAGUAUAUUGAACCAUGGGAUGACGGUUUGGAUCUGACUAAACUUCAAGAAUUUCCAAACAAGAAGGCAUUGCAAGAUGUGGUGGAUAGAGCUUCAUUCGCUAACUGUUUUAGUUUUGAAAUAGUAAAGUCGGACAAGGUGCGUUAUGUGGUCAAAUGUCCUAAAGAAGGAUGUAACUGGGGUUUACGAGGUGGUAGGAUUCGAGAUACAGAUAUUUUCUCGAUUAGAAGGCACAACAAGAUGCAUACAUGCUCUCGGGCUAGUCAAAGUUCAAGCAACAGUAAGAGACAAGGCACUCCAAAAUUAGUUGCUUCUCUUUUACAUGGUGAUUAUCCAGGGCAAAUGGAAACUCCACCUCCGAAAAUUAUCAUGGAUCUUGUCAAGACAAAAUUAGGUGUUGAUAUAUCAUAUUCCACGGCGUUGAGAGGGAAAAAUCAAGCUGUUACUGAUUUGAAAGGUAGCCCAGAAGAAAGCUACAAGAUGCUGCGAUGUUAUCUGCACAUGUUAGAGAAGGUUAAUCAUGGUACAAGAUCAUAUGUGCAUUGCGAUGAGAAUAAUAAAUUCAUGUACUUGUUCAUAGCUUUGGGAGCUAGCAUUGAAGGAUUUAAAGUCAUGAGGAAAGUUAUAACUAUGGAUGCAACUUUUUUAAAGAACGGAAAUAAGGGUGUUCUUAAAUACAAAUCUCAGAAAAGCCAUGGCUAA